AUGAUAUCUCAGGGAUUCAAAGCAAAGACAGAGGAUAUCUUAGCUUUCGCAAGCGAUCUAGCAAAUACGAUCUCCAGCGAACCCGGGAAGUCCUGUCUAGAUCUAGAUGACGAGAUCCGAAACCAACUUGAUCAAAAAUUGGAAUAUCUCUCUUUGCUAACAGCAAGCCCCUCACCCUUGAUCCGUCGCCAACUUGACCAGGAAGGGACAAAGUUAUGGAAUACCUGCAUGCAACUCAUGACAAUACACAGAGAAAAAGAGCAGCUGGUACUUUUGUGUAAAGUGUGCACAGUGAAGGCCUUUGCAUUCGCAAUGCUCGAAUAUGCUGCGCCAAAUAAUGGUCAAGGCAGAGCUUUGGAAGUAGCCUUUAUAAUGGCCACAACUUGCAUAGAUUGCGGCUGUCUCGAUAUAAGUCAGAAGAUCAUCGAAACUGCAGCCUUGCGGCUGGACAGGCUUGAAAGGGUUGAAAGCAAUGUCGAAGAAUUCAAGCUGCAACAAUAUACUGUGGAGUAUUAUAUGCUUCGGGUCUACCUGUCCUGGUUUCAAAAAAGACUCGACAUUGCAGACCAUUUAUUCUCAAAGAUACCGGCAUCAAACAAUGAGAAGGGCCAAGAACUUGUCAUGGAUAUCUGUUAUAAGAUCGGUAACUCUGCGCUUUCGCGCAAGCAGUAUGAUGUUUCUGCGAAGUGGCUAGGAAGGGCAUUGAGUGCAUUUCGGGCCAGCCUUUAUCUUGAUACAGAUGAGUUUAAGGAUUACUUUACUCGCAUGCUAAAUGCUCUGAGAACUCGAUACAGUGGCCUGUUUCAUACCAAAGUCAUCGAGCUCGAGAAUCUAAGUAGGGAAGAGCCAAACGGAGAUGCCUAUCUUCAAGGUUGCUGGAUUUAUAGCCUGCAAUAA